AUGGCUUCACCCUACGAACGUCUGUCAAGCGGUGUCGACACCGACGCCGAGUCGGGUCGCAUGAGGAAGGACAAGUCUAGUCCUUUUCGCAUGGUCCGUACUAGCCCGGAUGCCGUCGCCACCUGUACUGACGCUAGCAGUGUUGCCCUCGCCGCCAUCGCCUACUCCCUCGAUGGGAUGACGGCGCCGCAACUCCUCCCCUAUGCAUUAGGACAUGGCAUGACCUUCCUGCUCGUUGGCGGCACAUAUCUGCUCGGAUACGCUCUCGUCGGCACCGCUUCAAGCUUCCCGCCGAUUUACGCCGGUAGCGUGAUCUACGCCGCAGGCUACACCGCCCUCCAGAUCCUGCUCGCAUUGCUCGUCGCUGAUGCGACGUCUCUUCGAUACCGCGGACUCAGCAAUGCCCUCCUCGCGGCACCAUUUCUGAUCAAUGUCGCGGCCAGCGCCCAGUUGCUCGGCUGGGUCCUCCCCGACUGGAGGAAGGGAUACGCCAUCCUCGCCGUGCUCGUGCCGCUGUCGCUCCUCCCCGUCGCGCUCGUGCUGAAGCGCAACCCUACACCGAGUGCGCGGGAACAGCGUGAGAAGAAGGACAUGGACUGGAUCGGGAUCUUCCUCGGCGGCAUUGGUCUCACGUUAUUGCUCCUCACGCCGUUCCACUUCUUCGGCCUCGUGAUGUGUGCCAUCUUUGUAUGGCACGAGGUGACCGCGCCUAACCCGCUCGUCCCGAUCGCUCUGCUCAAGAACCCACCAGUGCUGGCAGCAGCCUUGAUCGGAGCGGUCGACUUUGCGUCUUUCUACCUCCAGUUCGUGUAUCUAUACCCCUUCCUCCUAGUGGUCACGGACUGGUCUCCCCGCCGUGCAACAUACGCACUGUACACGCACGCCUUUGCCAUCACCGUCUUUGGUGUCUUGGCAGGUGCAGUCUUGCACUCGACGCGGCGCUUCAAGCCCACGCUGCUUUCGGGCCUCAUCAUCCGUCUCCUCGGAGUCCUGAUGAUGUUCCCCGCCGUGCGCGGCCCCAUCUGCGCAGGCAUUCUCAUCGCCGCGCAGGUCCUGCAAGGCUGGGGCGGCGGCUUUGCCUCCAUCGCCUCGCAGGUCUCGGCCCAGGCCUCGACGACGGACGUCGCGGGCGCCACGGCGUUCGUGCUCCUCGCCGCCGAGCUGGGCAAUUGUCUCGGCUCCGCGGCCGCGACCUCGGUGUGGAACCGGCGGCUGCCCAAGGCGCUGUCCGAAUUCGUCCCCGGUGCGGAUAUGAACCGGACGCUCGUCGAGGAGCUCUUCGGCAGUGUCUCUGCCAUUCUCGAGCUCGACGCGGCCGACCCCGUCCGUCAGGGUGCUGCCGAGGCGUACGAGGCCGUCAUGACGCGGCUGCUGUGCUACGCGGCGUUGCUGGCCGUGAUCCCGCCCUUGUUGUGCAUCUUCAUGACGCGCGACGUGCGGCUCGGCGAUAGCGUCGAGGGCGCAGAGGAAGGGGAGGAGUUUCGCGAUGAGCGCGAGCAGCGCGAGCGGCGAUUCCGUGAGGAGUUUCGAAGGAGAGAGUUUAGGGGUGUCUUCGACGAGGUGAAUGAGCGCACACCCCUCGUGAGUCCCGCCACCUCGCGACCGGCGACCAGACCAGCCUCGCCUAGCUAG